UCGGAACCAGGACAAGCGACAGGUUGGGCAACAUUACCGAUAGACCUGUUGCAUCAGAUUUCCUGGUUGUGUGCCUUGCAGGACGUUGCAAACUUUCAGGGGGUCUGCCGCACGUGGAGGAGUAUUUUGGAUCAGUCGCCCUCCUUCUAUCCCGAGAUCUGCCGGCAUCAUUGGGCCGCCCCCCUGUGCGACCCGACGUCCCCAUCCUACAAAGGAUCCUGG